CUUCAGGCGUCCCCGUUGCAUAGGAACGAAAAUCGUCGGCGUUAAUACACAAACAUCUGCUCACUUUUCUGCCGGAAUUAAUAUGUCACUGGAAAAUAGAUCGAAUCACAACAAUCUGGCCGCGUGUCGUAGAAGAAUAAGCAACUCGUAGACAUUUAAAUAAGUGAUUAACUCAUGCUAACACCGCUAGCUCACUGUUAGCACCCCUCGGCUCGAGCAUCGAUUAGAAGGUAACACCGUUUUUUUAGACGAUAAAUGUCAUCAGUGAUCAGCUCUGUCACUGAUUACCAUCAACAGGUUUGUUAAUUUUGCGACAGGUUAACCGGUGAAAUGAACCAUUCCAAGCCGAACUGGGCCAAGUUAACCUCAGCUAACCGAUGGCAAACUAGCUCAGCAGUCGCGUGGUAGCUGCUCUCAGGAGCUCAGGGAUUUAUUCUGGUAUUUCAGGAAAGAUUUAGUUCUUAUAAACAUUAAAAUCAAAGCGAGAAAGAAAGGAAAACAUGGCUGGAGACGUCGGCAGUAUUCCUGAGCUGGACCAGAAGAAAUAUGAUUCAGAUGAACAAGUGAAGAUCAUCUGCCUGGGAGACAGUGCAGUGGGUAAAUCAAAGUUGAUGGAGAGGUUUCUCAUGGAUGAAUAUCGUCCACAGCAGUUGUCCACAUACGCUCUGACUCUCUACAAACACACGGCCACUGUAGGAAACAGGACGGUGGCGGUCGAUUUCUGGGACACUGCAGGUCAGGAGCGCUUUCAGAGCAUGCACCCGUCAUACUACCACAAAGCACACGCCUGCAUCAUGGUUUUUGAUGUACAAAGGAAGAUCACGUAUAAGAAUCUGGCAAACUGGUACAAGGAGCUGAGAGAGUACAGACCAGAGAUACCAUGCUGUGUGGUCGCCAACAAAAUAGAUGCUGAUUUGAAAGUGACGCAGAGAAGCUUUAACUUUGGAAAGAAACAAGGACUCCCGUUCUAUUUUGUCUCAGCGGCUGACGGGACCAACGUAGUAAAGAUGUUCAGAGAGAUGAUCAAAAGAGCCGUGGACUACAAACAAAACCCCAGUGACUUCAUGGAUGAAGUCAUGCAAGAGUUGGAGAACUUUGACCUGGAGAAGAAGGAAGAUAACUCGGAGGCAGACGAUGAUGGACUGACAGCAGAGAGUCCAGACGUGGUCUGACAGAUUUUUACACCACCUCCAAAACUCUCAUCAUCUCAUGGAUUAUUUCACUUUCUCUGGAGUUUGAAGCUGCAAAUAGAAACGUGCUUUUAGUCAAAAUGUCAGAUCUUCACAGAGUUCCUGUGACGGGACAUGGACCCACCAGUAUGCUGUUGUUAGUUAUGUAACUGUGAUGGGAUUGGAGCACGUCUCAUAAGUCACUACCUUCCAUUAUUGGCAGGGAAAUUACAGAUGAGGAUUAGGACCACGUGUGAAAAUGUGUUUGGAAACAAAAUGAAAACAAAGAAAAAGACAGAAUUCUGAGUCACAUGUGGCCCUAAUCCUCUUCUGUAAGGAUAUAAACCCGCUGGAAUAAAUGGGAGUUUUAUUUAGCUGCUAUUUGAUGAAUGUCACUCGUUGUUUUUUGUUAAAUUUACACCAACAGUAGGAAAUCUAUACUAGGUGAAAAAUCCCAAAGUGAAUUUUAUUGUUUGUUUUAGCAAGAAAACCAUUUAUCUUUCUCAUAUAAUGUGAAUGUGAAGCGUUGAACAUGAACUCAAUGUGAACGUGUGAAUGAGAACUGUAGAAGCUGUUGUUAUUUAGUGUUGUUGUAUUCAAUGCCCAGCAGGUAGAGCCAUGACAGUUUUAAAUGUUGCUGGAACAAAGAUCAGAUGCAGUUCAUGUUUUAAUUAUAAAUUUAUUACAUAAUAUAACAAACAUAGAUCUCUGUGGUGGAGAUAUCCCGGGCAACAGCUCAGAUCUUGCCUUGACCUUCACUCUCGGCCUUUCUCGGCUCUGCGACGCUUCACUGUAGGUAGUGUUUUAUUUACUCGGAUCUCAGCUCGGGGCUAUUACUGUGUAUUAAAGAGAAGUGAAUUUGUUAUGCUUGUUAUACUGAAUAAAUCCAGAUUAUCCUAGUCGCCUGA